UGUGUAUGUUGCGCUGCUCGCUCGCUCUCACGUUGCUAGCUGGCGUGUGUGGCUGCAGGCAGGUGGCCGGCGGUGUCAGAGCCCUUGAGAGCGGCCUAUUGCCACGGCGACGCGCCGUGCUGGCGGCCGUCCCUCUCGUGGCAGGCGCGCCGCGUGCGCUCGCGAUCGCGGCGCCACAGGCUUCGGCGGUGACAGUGGCUGCUUCAGCGGUCCCGCCGAGCGCGGCCGCCGAGUUUUGGUCCGGCCUGCUCGCCGGUGCAGUGCAGAAGACCGUUAAGGAGCUCGCGCUGCAUCCUCUCGACACGGCCAAGGCUCGGCUGCAGGCGCCGGUCGCCGCCGGAUGGACAGGCGGCGGCCGGCGCGCAGUGCUGGGCGAGCUCUUCAAGUCGCCGUACGACGGCCUCGCGCCGGCGCUGAUAUCGGGCGCGCCGGCGGCGUCGGCUUUCUUCGCCGUCAAGGAUGGCGCAAAGCGGGCGGUUGCCGGUCUGCAGCUAGGCAAGGCGGAGACGACCGUCCUCGCUGUGGCGUGCGCCAACGUCGCCUACUGGGGCAUCAAGAACCCGUCCGAGGUCCUCAAGGUGCGGCGACAGGCCGGCGUCGCGUCCGACACGGCGGGCGCUGCCGUCGAAAUUUGGCGGGCGGAGGGCGUCGCGGGCUUCUACUCCUCCGCGGGGCCGAACUAUGCGUACUCCACGCCGGUGGACGUGGUCAAGUUCUUGCUGUACGAGCAGCUCAAGGCGUCCUACGCAGCGCGGCGCGGCCGCUCGGGCCUGUCGCCCGUCGAGGCCGCUGUCGGAGGCGCCGCCGCCGCCGCGACCGCCCAGGCGCUGGCGACGCCCCUCGACGUGGCGCGCGUGCGGAUCAUGACGUCCGAUGCGACGGGCGUCGCCGCCACGCUGCGCCGCGUGGCCGCGGAGGAGGGGGCGGGCGCGCUCUGGGCGGGAGUCGCGCCAAAGGUUGCGAGGGCGCUUGCGUCGGGCGCAAUCCAGUUCAGCACCUACGAGGCGACCAAGGAUUGGGCGGUGGGCUACCUCGCGCGGACCUUCCCGAGGCUGUGAGCUGUGCCAGUUUCGAAAUCGUUGUAUCCUGCCAUUCA